GAGAGGGGAUAUAUAGAGUGAAAGCAAAACCUAAAUCCCCAAAGUGUGUUGGACGGUAUAGUCAUGUUACAUUAAACAUUAAUACAUUAUCAUCGAUCCUUUUUGCAUAUAAAGUAUGCGUUCUAAGAGUAUUUUAACCUAUAUAAUCCAAUUAUCUGUGUAUAAGUAGAUCAUCAAAACUUCUUUCAGUGCGAGUUAUAUUUUUUCACAACUUUAGCUUUUAUGGAGUAAAAUUCAAGGUUUGUUCUUUGAACUACAAUGUAUGUCUUUACUCUUUAAUUAGUGUCCAUUUUUGGAAUGUAACAAUCUUUGAUACUUUAAAUGACCUAACUAAUUAAUGGCAAGUAUUAGUACUUCUACAUCCAAUUAAUAAUGGAGUAUUUUUUAUUUUAUUUUAUUUUAUUUUCACAAUCAAAAAGGUGUUUAUAAAUUACUCCAUAUAGUAUUAUAACGUAUUUGUUACCAUUAAAUUCCAAUUUUUUCUUUGUUUAAAGUCUAAUUUAGAUCGAGUACAAAUAAAUAACUUAUGAAGGGUCCAUUGUAAUCACUAUAGAGUGCUCCGAAGUUCUAUUAUUGAUACUGUCAAAACAUAGAUCGAGUUAAGACGACCCAUAAAAAAUGAGAUUUAUUUGGUUCAGUACAAGGUAAUAGUUGUAUUUGUAGUGUUGUUUUCAAUCUUUUUAUAUCCUUAACAAUUACUACUUGGGCUUGUACAUUAAAACGCAAUAAAUAGAUAAGUCUCACAAGAUAAACCUCAGCUCAGCCCAAACUCCACAUUAAAUUUUCAAACAUUUUAGUUACACCGUUAACUUCCUCCACACUCAACCAUACUAACAAAAAACCAGACAAAAAAAACACAAAUCGUAACAAACAAUCCUCAAUUCCCCGCCCCUAAUUAAAUCAACCAAUCAAAAUUCAGAAUCCAGAAUAUUCUAAUUCCUUGGAUCACUGACGUGUCACAUCAAUUUAGUUAAACCCACGUCCACGUCAUCUUCUUGCACUUUCUUCCAAUUCAAAUCUUUUCUCCCCCCUUUAAAUAUAAAAUACCCCCCAACAUUUUACAGCAGAAUUUCUCAACUGAAGCAAACAUUGCUCUGUAAUUCCAAACCCUAAAUCCUCAAUUCCAGCUCAAUUUCUCUCUCCUCGUUGUUGUAGUUGAUAUCGAAUCGAAAUGGCUCGUACUAAGCAAACUGCUCGUAAAUCUACUGGUGGUAAGGCUCCUAGGAAGCAACUUGCUCGAAAGGCUGCAGGAAAAUCACUUCCUGAGACUGGUGGUGUUAAGAAGCCUUAUCGUUACCGUCCCGGAACUGUCGCUCUUCGUGAGAUUCGCAAGUACCAGAAGAGCACUGAGCUUUUGAUCCGUAAACUCCCAUUCCAGCGUCUUGUUCGCGAAAUCGCCCAAGAUUUUAAGACUGAGCUGAGGUUCCAGAGUCACGCAGUGUUGGCACUCCAGGAGGCGGCCGAGGCUUACCUUGUGGGUUUGUUCGAGGACGUUAACUUGUGCGCCAUUCAUGCUAAGAGGGUCACCAUCAUGCCUAAGGAUAUGCAGUUGGCUCGUCGUAUUCGAGGCGAGCGUGCUUAAGAAUGAAGAUUGAACAAGGAUGUAAUGUUUAGCAGUUUCUUAGAGAUAGCAAGGGUGUGUUGAAUAAUGAACUUUGUAGGAGUUGUUCUGUUAGUGAUAGAUGGUGUAAUAAUGGUGUAUAAUACAUUCAUACGUACAUGCAUACGUACAUACAUACGUAUAUAAACUCGAUAGUCGAUAUGUAGCUACUUGAAUAUGUUUUGGGUAUUAAUUUUUGCAUUUUAUGUAGUUGAGAUUGUAUUAGGGCGUCUGCACUUGUUUUGAACAAUUAAGUCAAUAAAAUUGCUUUUAGUGUAGUGAAUUCUGAA